AUGGCUCAAGAUGCCAGCGAAAAAUUAGAGCUACGAUGGCAAUUUCACCCUCCUGGAGCGCCACAUUUUAAUGGACCCGCUGAAGCUGAGGUGAAAUCAGUAAAAUCACAUUUAUUGAGAGUCUUGGGGGAACAGAGACUUACCUUCGAAGAAGUUUACACCCUUCUCACUCAAAUAGAGGCCGUCCUCAAGUCACGACCAUUGUCAGCUUUAAGCGAAGAUCCAAAUGAUCUUCAACCCUUAACCCCAGCACAUUUUUUGUGCUUGGAACCCGUUUCUUCUUUUGUUGUAGAUUCCAAUUUAACCCAGGAGUCGAUAAGUGGUAUGAGUCGCUGGAAAUUGAUUCAAAGGAUGAUGGGAGAUUUUUGGAAGAGAUGGCAACAAGAAUAUUUGCAUGCGUUACAGCAGAGACAAAAAUAG